UCCGCUGACAUCAGCCCGCGCCGCCAUAUUGGAGGAGAAGCUACCUCCGCCAGCUCGGCCGCUGUAGGAGGAGGGGGACGCCUGCUCCUAUUGCCACUGCCUCCGUCUCCCUUGCUGCGGCUGAGCUCUGCUCCCCAUGACUACCCGCGGUCGGCCGCUGUCCCGGUGCGGAUAGGGCGGAGGCAGGAGCGGUUCCCGUCCCUUUUUCUCCCUCCUUCCGAGCUGUCGCCAAGCCCUUCUUCCCGUGGCGGGCCUUUACCCUCCUGCCGCCUCUAGCUAUGACUUCUCUGACCCAGCGUAGUUCCGGCCUGGUGCAGCGUCGGAUUGAGGCCUCCCGCAGCGCCGCCGCCGACAAGGAGCGGGGGGUGGGGGGCGGCCCGGAGGAUGAAGGCCGCCGGGACGAGCCCAGCGACGACGAGAAGGGCGACUCCAAGGAAACGCGGCUCACCCUCAUGGAAGAGGUGCUGCUCCUGGGCCUCAAGGACCGCGAGGGUUACACAUCAUUCUGGAACGAUUGCAUCUCCUCAGGAUUGCGUGGCUGUAUGUUAAUCGAAUUGGCAUUGCGAGGGCGUCUUCAGUUAGAAGCUUAUGGAAUGAGGCGCAAAAGUCUAUUAACGAGAAAGGUGAUUUGCAAAUCAGAUGCUCCUACAGGGGACGUUCUGCUUGAUGAAGCUCUGAAACACAUAAAAGAGACCCAGUCUCCUGAAACAGUUCAAAAUUGGAUUGAACUGCUUAGUGGUGAAACAUGGAACCCACUGAAGUUGCACUACCAGUUGCGAAAUGUCCGUGAACGGUUAGCUAAAAAUCUGGUGGAAAAAGGUGUACUGACGACAGAGAAACAGAACUUCCUUCUUUUUGACAUGACUACCCACCCUCUCACCAACAACAAUAUCAAACAGCGCCUCAUCAAGAAGGUUCAAGAAGCAGUUCUUGACAAAUGGGUGAAUGACCCUCACCGCAUGGACAAGCGCUUGCUGGCACUUGUUUAUUUAGCCCAUGCUUCAGAUGUUCUGGAGAACGCUUUUGCCCCGCUUUUGGAUGAGCAGUAUGAUUUAGCCACGAAGAGAGUACGGCAGCUUCUGGAUUUAGACCCUGAAGUUGAAUGUACGAAAGCCAACACAAAUGAGGUUCUGUGGGCUGUUGUAGCAGCUUUCACAAAAUAACUGCAUUCAGACUGAAGUGUUCUCUCUUCUUUCAUGUAAAACAGUUGUUUCUCUUCUAUCUACUAUUCAUGUUUUCUGUAAUUUGUACCUUCUCACAUGAUGAAUCAGCUCUUGUUUAACGGGAAUUAUAAGUGGCGUAUUCCCUCCUCUGUGUAUCUGUAUACAAGAUUCUGCUGGUACAAGAGACCUUCCUGUUUAAAAACAACAGAAAAAGGUUUUACUGCCAUAUUGACAUUCUGUUUGCUAUUCAGUUUGAGUUAUCUGAAAUACUUUGUUUAAUCUAUUUUUCAUCUUACUGUUAUUGAAGUGGUUUAACAUGGAAGGUACCUCAAGGAGGAAAUUUGCAUGCAGUUGGAUCACUAGUCUCAGCUGACACAGAUGUGUGCAUGCAUCAAUACCUCUUCAGUACAAUUCAUAACAGAUCAAAAAAGGGCCUUUUAAAAUCACCAGAGCUCCACGAUGAAGUGUCUGUCAGGACAUUUUAUACACAGAUGUUGUUUCAAUUAUAUCUAACAGAAUUACUCUUUAAAAUUACUUUAAAAUUUAAAAUUACUUUAAGCAGCUUUGUCAAUAGUUCCUGUAAAAUGCCCCUUAAAUUUUACUUUUCAUUGCCAUUUGAUGGAAAGGCCUCCUAUAAAGAGCAUGUAUGUGAAAUCUAUUUAUUUUCAGUGUCUACAGAGUUUGCCAUCUAGAUAUUCUCAGGUUAUGCAUUGCUUUUGAUAGUGUAUAGAAAGAGACCAGUUUCUAUCAUAGUUUGUACUUUUUUUUUCUCCCUCCUGUAUGGAAGAGGCUCGUGACCAGUACAGUUCUUGAGUGCAGUUUUUAAUUUUGUUUGUACACAAAUUAAUGUUUGUCUCUUAAGCCUUGUAGUCUAUUUUACACUUCAAAAACUAAGUCAGUCCUAGCAGGUGUUGCAUGUAAAUGGUUAGCAAGUAAUGACUGCAGUUUAGAUUAUUAAAAUUUCUGUAAUUGGAUGCUCUGUUAUGUUUUAUUUUUUAUAUACGAUUAUGCUGAUUAGCACACUAUUGUAAAAGAAUAUAUAUAUAUAUGUAUAAACUUUGGCUUUUUAAAAUUUAUUGCCUCUUUGCCAUUGCUUGUUAUCUCUCAUUGGUUUCACAGUGUAAAUAUUGUGCAUUGAACAAAUUAAGCAUUGAUUUACAUACAAUUUUUUUUUCCUUAUAACAAUGAAGAUUUAAAGUGGGGCUUACAGGUGUUUAGAAACUUUUUUGGUUAAUAUUCAGAGCAAGAAUACUAGAUGGUGUAUAACUGUAGAGUUGAAAUUUAAGGGAUCUCUUAAUCUGUAUACUAGCUUUUUACCUACAGUAAAUUAUGUUCUUAAAAGUGCCUGAAAAAGAGCAAGCAUGUCAUUUUUAUUUUUUGUUGCUAAUUAGAAAGGUUUUAUUGCUUAGCUGUAAGCUUUAGUUAAUAUCCUUCUUAUUAGAAAGGGAGAGUUUAUAUUAAGUAGAUCAAACUGACCUAAUCAGUGGUGUCGUUCAGAUCUGCAGGAUUCACAGCUGAGACAGACUGGGUUAGCUUAUGAGUUUGCAGCUGUACCUGCCAUGGAUAGACCUCUUCUAUCUUGAGCACAACUCUACAACCUCAUCUGUGACUGAACUUCCAAUUUUGCACUUCAUUUAAAAUCAUUUCGAUGCUUAAGUAGUUGACUUUAAAAUACAACUUAAAUUCAUCAUACCUAUAUAACCUUUUUUAAUAAAGAUUUUUAAAAUAUGGUCCUUAACAUUUAGUGACACACUGUUCUUCUUAAAUUAUGUUUCUUUAGAAAGAUUAAAAGUAUAUUGUAAGGUAUUUCAAACUUUGGUUUACAAAUAAAAAUAUAAAUGGUGUUCUCCCAGUUGUAUGAUGCUGUGUUUAAAACUUUGAGGAACUUGGGCAUGAACUUUGGACAUUUUCUUUUAAACAUUUUCAAAAUGUGAUUACUUGAAGUGGAGGAAAAAUAAAAGUUGCUGUGUUGCUCUUAUAUUUGACAGCUUACAGAAUACUUUCUGUAAUUGAUAGUAUAUGCUAACUCACUGCUUUCAUUGUCACUCUCUCCUGUGAUCUGUUUUUUAAUUUUCUGUUGCUCUUUGAGAGGAGAGAAAAGUAAUUAGGUGGAAAAGUCAGAAAAAUAGUGGAGUAUUCAGGAGCAAGUUGAGUGCACUAAACUUUUAAAAUGGCUUUGAAAAUUUAAGCUACUUGAAACAUGCUUCAGACUGUCCUCUCAUCUUCAUUCAGUCAGUAUUUUUCAUGUUCCUGCUUAUGUUACACUGAGGAGGAUAUUGGGUUUUUGUCACCCUUACAGCAGCCAACAUGGUUUAAAAAUAAGUCAGCUUUCUUUAAUCCCUUCCAGAGAGAGGGUUUGUUGUUUGUUUUUUUGGUUUUUUGUUUGUUUGUGGGGUUUUUUAGGGGUUUUUUGGUUUUGUUUUGGGGUUUUUUUCUUUUUCAUGUACUGCCUACAGUAUUUAUCACCUUUAUUUCACUUAAAGAUAGAACCUCUGUGAUGGGGAGAGUUUGUAUUGGGUAUAUCAAAGAACUUUGAUGUAAGUAACAAAGGGUUUGUGAAGAGUGACUAUAUUUUGCUAGACCUCCUGGCAUAAGACUGGAUGUGCGGGGAAGAUAGAUGAGCUUUUGGAGUCAACUCCUAUGUUGUAUUUUAAAAACCCAAAGCCUCAUGAGUGCUACUAGACCUUAUAUCUAACAAUGAAGGUAAGUUUAGUAGGUUGAGACUAUUUAGAAAAUAUCCUUGCCUUCAUUGCUAUUUCAAGUUCUAAUAAAAUGAUUAAACAUGAAAGACUGCUUUGUUCUACUGAGAUUCAGGUACCCUUCUUCCUGUUAGCUGCUACUGCAGCUCACAGAGACCUGGAGACCUGGUUUUAAGACAGUUUUGGCUGGUCUGAAUCCUCAGUUCUCAAUGGCUGCUUAAAGUGAAGAUUGCUAUCAUAGGCUGAACUUGAACCUGUGCCUCAAGGAAGAACAUAUAUUCAGGGACUCAUUCUUUUAAAAUAAACUUUCAAGUUAAUGUCAAAAAUAUUAUUCUAAAAAAUAAAUCCACAAGCAAUAUCUAUAUAUAAUUUUAUGGUCCUUGAGAUUUACAUCCUCCUGUGUUUCUAGAGAUGAUGUUACAAUGCUCCUAUAUGGGAUGUUAGUGAAAUCUAUGUGCCAUACAUGUUGCUUUAGAGGCAAAGUUUGCAUAAAUUAGCUAUAAAAGGCUGGUGACUGAGUGCUCAUGUGUUCAUGCCAAUUUCUCCUACAAAGUGAAGAUAUGUAUUAACUAAUGUUUUCUCUGUGAACUGGACUUAAUCUGUACCGAAACAAAAUAAAGCACCCUUUCAAGCUA